ACUUAAUAAAAUACAUCUUUUUAAUUUGUACUUUACCUCUUCUUUGAAACGUUGUCUUUCUUCUCUCAUUCAUGUAACUCAGUCAUGGAUUUUAAGAGAGAGAGAGAGAGAGACAAACUUUACAAUGCAAUUGAAUGAUCCCUUUAUAUUUAUUUUAUUAUGUCAUCCUUUGAUUUGUUUUUCUUUACCUUCUUUUUUAGUUGCUUAUUUUCUUCACUACUAGUAGCAUUUUGAAAGAAGGAGAAAAAUCAUAUUUAUCCAAAGUUAAAGCCUCUUUUGGGACCAUGAGUUCACUAAACUUGAACAAUGAUGGUUAUGGUUUCUCUUUGGACUUGAAUAUUUCUUCCCUUCCAUCUCCACUUCCUUCUUCAUCUUCUACUCCUCUUUUGGGUCAUAUCGGUAACAAUGAAUCUAGAAAGUUCAAAAUACCCUUUGGGAUUUCUAACCCUUCAGUGAUCCUUCCUAAUGAGAGCAUGGUCAAAAAUAAUGAAGGGAAUUUUGGGGAUGAGAGAAAGAACUUGUCUAUGAAAGGUUACAAGGAAGAAAAUGAGAAAUUUGGGAACACCAAGCUUUCCAUUAGAGGUCAUUGGAGACCAUCUGAAGAUGCUAAGCUUAAAAAACUUGUUGAUGAAUUUGGUCCUCACAAUUGGAACAACAUUGCUGAACAAAUACAUGGAAGAUCAGGGAAAAGUUGCAGAUUAAGGUGGUGUAAUCAGCUAGAUCCUAGAAUUAAUAGAGCAGCUUUUAGUGAGGAAGAAGAGGAGAAGCUUUUGCAUGCUCAUACACUUCAUGGUAACAAAUGGUCACACAUUUGCAAAUUCUUUCCUGGAAGGACAGACAAUGCACUGAAGAAUCAUUUUCAUGUGAUUAUGGCUAGGAAGCAAAGGGAACUAUUAUCAUCUAUUUCAAGAAAGAGAAAGCUAACAUUUCAAAUCCCAGCAAAUAAUAAUGUAGCUAGCAAAUCAGCAAUCACAAGUCCCUUUGAUGAAUCUAACUCAACUUGCACCAAUCUCAACCUCACUACUAGGCCUUUGCUUAAUUACCAUGCCUAUGGUUCACAAAUGAGCUUACUUAGAGAAAGAAAGGUAGAAGCAGUGGACUAUGGUUUUGCCAAAAUUUGCAGUGCAAUGAGAGGUUGUUCUCAAGGUCACAUGGGAAAACUUAAGAGUGUGGACCAAUCCAAUCAUUCAUAUUCAAACUCAGAAGUUUCAGUAUCUGAGUCAGUUGCAACAAACAUGAACAAUGGAUCAAUUUUGGGGGAAAGUGAAAAUGUUAGAGAUAAGAUUAAGGUGUCAUUUAUUGACUUUCUUGGAGUAGGUGAUACAUAUGGAACUUUUUGUUGAUGUAAUAGUUUUAGGAAAAUGUUAACGAGUGUCUUUGGGAGCAAAGAAACAAAAGGGUGUAAUGGGAAAUUGAAGAGGGAAGUUGUAAUGUAAUAGUGGUAAAAGAUGCAUUGAUGUUGUAGGUUUUAUCUACACUCACUCAUACUGUGAGUUUUGUUUCCAGUAAUAAAAAUUAAUUUG